AUGGGCGUCAACAACCUGCUGCUAGCAGUUGUGUGCUGCGCUCUUGCAUGGCCGCCGGCAGCGCAGUGCCUGGCCUUGCACAAAACAAAGCAGUUAACAACCAUCCCAGCGCCCGCAACAACUCCCGCGACCACGGUCGUAAUAACUAAAGUACCUGCUGUCAACGACACCAUCAAAGAAGACUAUCCGGUGACUAGGAAACCGCUGACCAAAGACAGUGUAGACAACUCAAGUGAACCUCUGCGAGGCCUUUGGAGUGGCACCGGCGAGAGAUUUUGGCAAGUCUCCGGCUCCGGUCAGAGCGGCUCGGGCUGGUCAAGUUCAGCCAACGAGACCGCUGCAAGCGGAUCUGGCUGGGGCUGGGGUUCCAGCGGCAACGGAGGCGCCAAGAACAAGGAAAAGGACCUGGUUGGGCAGGCGGAAGCGGCCAGGGCUUCGGACAAGGCGGCGGUGGUGGUCAAGGAGGCGGAUGGGCAGGCGGAAGUGGACACGGUUUUGGACAAGGCAGCGGCUCCGGAUGUUGUGGCGGCAAGCGGCAAGGCUCCGGAUGGGGAGCUGGCAGUGGCCAAGGUUCUGGCUGGGGCGGCGGACAAGGUUCCGGACAAGGUUCUGGCUGGGGCGGCGGCCAAGGUUCCGGUCAAGGUUCCGGACAAGGUUCUGGCUGGGGCGGCGGCCAAGGUUCCGGUCAAGGUUCCGGACAAGGUUCUGGCUGGGGCGGCGGCCAAGGCUCCGGUCAAGGUUCCGGACAAGGUUCUGGCUGGGGCGGCGGCCAAGGCUCCGGUCAAGGUUCUGGACAAGGUUCUGGCUGGGGCGGCGGCCAAGGCUCCGGUCAAGGUUCUGGACAAGGUUCUGGCUGGGGCGGCGGCCAAGGCUCCGGUCAAGGUUCUGGACAAGGAGGAGGCUGGGGCGGCGGUCAAGGCUCCGGUCAAGGUUCUGGACAAGGUUCUGGCUGGGGCGGCGGCCAAGGCUCCGGUCAAGGUUCUGGACAAGGUUCUGGCUGGGGCGGCGGCCAAGGCUCCGGUCAAGGUUCCGGACAAGGAGGAGGCUGGGGCGGAGGUCAAGGUUCCGGACAAGGAGGAGGCUGGGGCGGAGGUCAAGGCUCCGGUCAAGGUUCCGGACAAGGAGGAGGCUGGGGCGGAGGUCAAGGCUCCGGUCAAGGUUCCGGACAAGGAGGAGGCUGGGGCGGAGGUCAAGGCUCCGGUCAAGGUUCCGGACAAGGUUCUGGCUGGGGAGGCGGCCAAGGCUCCGGAUGGGGCUAAAGUGUUGGUUCUAGCUACGAAGGACAUGAUGGCUUCGACACAUGGAAUCGUCAGACCAACUUUCACAGAGCUGGCUUGGACGUUUGAAGUGCCUGGCUCGGCGAUUCCGACUAGUGUUAGCCCAUACUAUUCGUUGAGGCAUUCAGCCCUGAAGCACAUCGCAACAGUGUAAGCAGCGGUACACCUGCCGAAGGAUGUACGACAAUUUGGCGUCAGCUGGCGUGCGACUACGUAAGACAAACGCGUCCUUGUUUCUCAGUUAUGCCACAGGAACUCUGCUGCGCCAAGUUCUUUUUAACUUUUACAAUUGUACUCUUUCUGCGCUUACAUGGCUGUUUUUAACUACACUGGACAUAUACUGCUCCCUCCGCGAAAACUGAAUAAAUAAAUUG